AUGAUGGCCGCCGCCAAUCCGCAGGCCAAGCCCACGCCGAUGCCUCCGCCCGCGGCGCCCACCGCGGCGCAGGCCGCUGCCUCCAGGGCGUCGUCCUCCACGUCGUCCGCCGCCGACCCCAACCCCAACAAGCGCACCAACCCGGGCAACGCCGCCGCCGCCGCCGCGGCCCCAGAGCCUACCCGAGCGUCAACGGGGAGGCCAGCCGCUCGCCUCUGA